CCCUCUCAACCCCUACCACACCCCGGCGGCGCCGCCGCCGCCGUCCGCUGCUACGCUGAAGGAUCAAGGACUCAUCGCCAUUGCCGCCAGCCUUCGUGCUGCCCGUUCGACGAAAUGCCCCCGGAGGCAUCCAAGCGGUGGGUGCCGGUUGCCCGGCCGGCAGUGGCGUCUCCUGCCGCGGGCAACCCGUCCGACGGAACGCCCCCGAAUGUAUCCAAGCGGUGGGUGCCGGUCAACCGGCCGGCCGUGACGCCUCCUGCUGCAGGCAACCCGUCCGAAGGAACGCCCCCGAAGGUAGUGCCGGUGAGCCGACCCGUGGCGACGGGGACGCCUCACAGGGCAGGCAAACCAUCGAAGGAAAUCCCCUCCAAGCGAUGGGUGCCCGUUAACCGGCCGGCCGUGACGUCUCCUGUUACAGGCAACCUGCCCGACGGAAUGCCCCUGAAGGUGGUGCCGGUGAACCGGCCAAUGGGGACGGGGAAGUCUCGCGGGGCAGGCAAACCAUCCAACGAGAUCCCCAACCGGAAGGUAUCCAAGCAAUGGGUGCCGGUUAACCGACCGCAGACUGUGGAGACAUCUUGCGGGGCAGGCGAACCCGCCGACAGGCUCAGUGACCUCCCGGACGCGCUGCUGCACCACAUCAUGUCUUUCUUGAAGGCAUGGGAGAUGGUUGGCACGUGCAGGCUCUCACGGAGGUGGCGCAACCUCUGGGCCUCUGCGCCUUGCAUCGACGUCCGUGUGGGACGCCAUGAUAACCCACCCGAGGAGUUCGCCAAGUUUGUUCACCGGCUGCUGCGCAGCCGGGACGCGCUCGCACCAUUGGACACGCUACGUGCGCGCUCGGUCGGCGAGAAUGAUUUCUAUGAGACUUAUAACAAUGGCAAUGUCAAGGGCUGGAUCCGUACUGCUAUCAAGCGAAAAGCUCGUGUUAUUCAGCUUAAUGGGCAUCUCCACAAGUACUUUACGCUGGAUCACAUAGACUUCGCCUCUUGCCAUCUCAGAAUCUUGAAACUGUCGUAUGUCAAACUAGAUGAUAAAGUUGUGAAGCAGCUCUCUUCUCAGUGCCCUUUGGAAGAACUAGAGCUCAAGAGCUGUGUGGUAGGUGUCAGUGACAUUUUGUCCUUCUCUCUGAAGAGUUUGACCAUGGUCAAGUGCAAGCUUACUAUGAACCUCUUGGUAGAUGCUCCAAACCUCAUCUUCUUUCGUUGCAUCAAACCGGAGAAGUGGGUUCCCGUAUUCAAGAACUCUGUGUCUCUUAUUGGAGGCAGUAUCAUGCUUGAUGACUCUUUAUUAAGUCGUGAGUUUCAAAAGUACCAUGAGGAUGAGGAUGAGGAUGAAUUCCCUCAGACUAGUGAUGAAGAUGACGACAUCGAUAAUACAAAUGGCCAGUGCAAUGGUAACAGUGCUGCUGCUGCUGAGGGCUUUCUGGAUAGUAUCUUGUUUGGCAGCUUUUCUGAUUACUGUGAUGACUAUUCUGAUGAUUUUUAUGAUGGCUAUUCUGAUGACAUCAAAGAUGAUUAUGAUUAUGGAAGUGACAUAAAUAGUGACGAUGGUACAUACGAAUAUAGUGAAAUUGCAAAUGGCUCUGAAGAUAAAUAUUUUGGAAACUGUUACGAUGGCUUUGAAUUCAGUAAGGGUGGUAAAAUUUCUGGCUACAGUAAAAACCAUGGGUUUAACGACUAUGAAACAUUAGGUGGCCAAAAUAUUCUUUGCAGCCUUUCAAAUGCCAGAAGCAUAGAGCUACUAGGUCAUUCAGGAGAGGUGGUUCUGAGGAGGGAAUCAGUAAGUUGUCCAACUUUCAAUAACCUGAAGACUUUGUCCCUUGGUGAAUGGUGUAUCAGUAGGGGUGCUGAUUUUGACAUACUAGUUCGAUUACUUCAGCAUACACCUUACUUAGAGAAUCUCUUUCUUCAACUUGAAAUGAACUUUGACAUCCAAAAUGCAUUGGCAAGAUGUAAACCGAACGGAGGAUCAUUUGCUUGCAAACACCUUAGAAUGGUGAAGAUCAAAUGCACCAAGGAUGAUCCUAGAGUACAUAUGUUGGCACAGUUGUUUAAGGCUAAUGACAUACCGCUUGAGAAGAUUUGUGUACGCCGGAGUGGGAGCUUCAAUCUUCGUAUGCUAAAGCUAAACAGGGAAAUUAACAUUGCCGAAAUGCGUGCCUGUCGGUAAAAAACCUGGACCCUUUCAAAAGUACUUGUACGGUAGAAUGCAAGGCACUUGGACCAGCCGCUGGGAGGCGAUUUUUACCCACCACGACAAUAAUUCCUGCAGGCCUAUGGCAGAGCCUUACCUCAGACAAUAUCAUCCUGAGAACUUAGCAAUUAUUGUUACCUUAUGUUCAUUUUUUACCGUGUAGUGUGUUUUUCUCUACUCCUCUAUUGUGACCAUGGGUGACUUGUGGUGUGCUCUAGUUUUUUUCUUUCUGGAAUGACAAUGACAUGACAUUCGGGACGAGUUUGGAUGGUGUUUUAACAAAUCUGGUGUUAUACUUCCGGGAACUGCUAUGAAUCAGACUAUUGCUUCUUUA